CCGCCUCCGCCAUUUAGUCCUCCCGGCGGCGCGCCGGAGCGCCCGGGAGAAGCGGCGGGAGGGUCCGGGCUAGUCCCCGCAUCAUGUCGCGCCUGCACCGGAGCAGAAUUGCAGAGUUUGAAGAGAUCCUGAAUGAGCCCAACAUUGUGUUGCAAAAGCUGCGGGAUUUUUGUUUCAACGGAAUUCCCUUCGAAGGUGGCUUGCGCUGUCUCUGCUGGAAGAUCCUCUUAAACUACCUUCCCGUGGAAAGGGGUGCUUGGAAUUCCCAGCUGAGGAAGCAGAGGGAACUUUACGCCCAGUUCUUGAAGGAAAUGAUUAUCCAGCCGGGAAUAGCCAAAGCUGAACUCGGAGUCUUCAGGGAAGAUGUCACCUUGGAGGACCAUCCGCUGAACCCCAACCCCAACAGCCAGUGGAACACUUACUUCAAGGACAACGAAGUCCUCUUGCAGAUCGACAAGGAUGUCCGGCGACUGUAUCCCGAUAUGGCAUUCUUCCAGCGCCCGACGGAAUAUCCUUGUCUGUUGAUUCUCGACCCCCAGAACGAAUUUGAGACCCUUCGCAAGCGGGUGGAACAGACCACCCUCAAAUCUCAGACAGUGGCACGGAACCGGAGUGGAGUAACUAAUGUGAGCUCCCCUCUUAAGACACCGGUGCUGAGUGAAUACGAAGUUCUCCCUGAUGGCUCAGAGGCCCAUUGGGAAGUUGUGGAACGAAUCCUGUUCAUCUAUGCGAAGCUGAACCCUGGAAUCGCCUACGUCCAAGGGAUGAACGAAAUUGUGGGGCCCCUCUAUUACACCUUUGCGACAAACCCCAACAGCGCAUGGAAAGAGCACGCCGAGGCAGACACCUUCUUCUGCUUCACCAACCUCAUGUCGGAGAUCAGGGACAACUUUAUCAAGAGCCUGGAUGACUCCCAGUGUGGGAUCACCUACAGGAUGGAGAAGGUCUACGUCAUCCUGAAGGAGAAAGACCGAGAGCUCUACAUGAAGCUGCAAGAGCAGAAUAUCAAGCCCCAGUUCUUCGCCUUCCGCUGGCUCACGCUGCUGCUCUCUCAGGAGUUCCUGCUGCCCGAUGUCAUUCGCAUCUGGGACUCCCUCUUCGCCGACGACAGUCGCUUCGACUUCCUCCUGCUCGUCUGCUGCGCCAUGUUGACGCUCAUUCGAGAUCAGCUGCUGGAAGGGGAUUUUACUGUAAAUAUGCGGCUUUUGCAGGAUUACCCCAUCUCGGAUGUCCACCUGAUUCUGAAGACGGCAAAGGACCUUCAGGAGUCCAAGUAGCUCGCCCAUCCAAAGGGUCAGCAGGUGUGAUGGCCGCUUGUCUCCUGAGUGAAGGACCUCUGAAGGAAGGUCGAGUUCUUCUCUUCCGAAACCUCCUCAACCGGAUGUGACUCCUCUUUGCCACCAUCUUUUUGGGGCAAGGGACUCUUAAGGAGAUGAACUACAAGGCCCCUCUUGAAAGGCUCCAGAAGUGGCCCAAGAACUGGACUCGAUGGGAGAGGACCAACCACUUCUGGGAACUUCUCCCGCAAGGGGCCACCAAAUCCAGCUCAUAGUUUUGGGCUAAUAAGUUCUUCCGAUCCGCUCUCAAUCCAGAUACCAAGCCUUCUUUGUUAGAUUUCUUCCUUCUUCGGUUCAGAGACCAGCUAUUCUUGGAAGUUUAAAAGAAAAGGGGGGGAAAAAACCUGAAACGAUGAUGGAAAUGUCUCCUUAACUUCUGCCUUAGACCUAUUUCCUCCGUUGGUGAAUGUGGACGUGAAAACACAGAACAACAUUCUCGCUGUCCGUUGUUGGCGUUUCCCCACUGCCUCUGCGAUCUUCCAGUGCUCUGCAAUGAAUUAUAAGUUAUUCUCCCAAAAUUGAUAAAAAGCCUAUCCUUGCCCAAUAAAGAGUUUCCUACGAGCCAAAAUAACUAAUAAUUUAGAGACAGAAGUCUUGCUCUGCUAGUUUUCUGCUUGCAGGGAGAAUCCCCCCCCCAAGGGAACAUUGAUGCAAAGUGAUUAUUCUAGCAAUGAAAAAAGAAUUUUGAUUAUUUUCAGAACUCUAGCAUGUUAAUAACCUGCUAUUCUGGAUUAGUUUGAGUUCCCAAAAGCUAAUUCGGCCUUUGUGACAUUUGAGGAGGUAACUUUCUUUUCCUCUAGUUAAAUUCAAGGUAAUAUGUGCUGUUUGUUGAUUUUUUUUGAGGGUGUGUGUGUGUGCUAUCAUCUUGAAUAUAAGAUGGAAAUUAGAGGUUCGAUGUACCUCAGCAAAGCAAGACUUUAUUUUCUGGGUUUUGAUGCCAAUCGGGAGAAUUUUCAUUUUGAAAUCGUUUUUAAACAGCCCUGAAGAUGUUUUAUGCUGUGCUGUGUCUAAAGAGGAUUUAAAAUAAGAAUUCUGCUUUUUCCAAGAAGAACAGGGAAAAGAUUAUUUCUGUCAUCCUUCUUGCUUCUACUCCCGAUUUUACAACAGGAAAUAUCCCAAGGGUCCAUUUUAUGGCCUUUUUCUGAUAAUGAAUGAUGGAACCAGAAACUAGGAGAUGGUAUCAAAACAUCUCUAAAUUUAUACGUCAGUAAACUGUAACCCUAAUGGAACUUCACUGCAGGAAAUCCAUUUUUGCUUUGUUGCAAAAGGAAGAAAAAUGAGGAAGAUCCCUGGAGUUUCAAAAAUUAUAUUCCAUAUGUCCCCCUAAUUAUUACGUAUUAUCUGGAUGGAGGGAAAUUGUUCUGUAGUAAAGAGUAUGUUGGGCACUUUUGAAGGCUGCCUGAAAAUUAGCCUUACAGCUUUUAUACAGCAUAAUCACUGCCAAAUCCUGCAGCUUUACCUCCUUCCGCAGAGCAAACUUUAAAAGACACAAAAAUGCAAAAGCUUGCACGAACAGUGAAACAGCCACUUGGCAUUUGACAUUCCCAGUGGAAAGGAGAAAAAGAAAGAAAUAUACAUUGCUCUUCUCCCAAAAUACAUCUUAUUAGGUUUCUUGCAAGACAGAAGGCUGCCUUCGACCAUUUUCCCCCCCCAUCUUUUCCUGGAUAAUUGUCUGUUUCUUUUUUCUUUUUAAUUUUGACAGCAGCCACUUAUUGCAUAUGAUGUGCGAUGCAGUUUUGGGUGGCCUAAAACUUUUUCUCUGACAGUUAAAUGGAAUGUAAAAAAAACAAAAACCAUUCGGAUUAUGAUAUUUAAAAUGUCACGUGGCAAUGAAAGGACGAAAGAUGUGUGAGUGUGUUUGUGUUAGUAAAAAAUCCAGUUUCUUGCAUAUUGGGGUAGCAAUAUACAAGAUUGUUACACACCUGUGCACACCAUCCCACAAAACUGCUUAGAAUGGUUGAGCCUAUUGUUACUUCCAAGUUCAGUGUGUAAAAAUGCUUUUGCGAAUCUCUUCGGCAGCGCUCUGUUACACCAAGAUAAAUAACAUUUGUUUUUCUUGGCAGAUAUAAUAGAUCAGAUCGACUCAAUUUUGCUGCCAUUUUAUUUCCCUGUCCUGCCGAAUCUUUACUUUUGUUCUCUCAUUUUGACACCUUCCCGCUGCUUGCCGAAAUAGCUUUUUUAUUUAUAUUGGCUAAACUGGCUUCCCGCUUCGAGCAUCAGAUGUAAAAUUAUGUUUUAAAAAAAAGAAUGGAUGGGGAAAAGAUAGAAUAAAGUAAAAAAAAUGCUUGUGAAGUAUGUAGAAAUAGGUAAGAAAAAUCUUGAACUGAGUUUAGAAGAGUAUAAUUGGUACAGGAAAUUCUCUAUGGCUCUUGGUCGAUCUGUAAUAUUUUUUUUUAAUUUUGGGAACAGCGGAAAUAUGUGUUCAGCAAUUUCUCUACAGCUUCUUUUGUUGAUCUGUAUUUUUUCUUUCUUUGUUUCUCUUUGGGGGGGGGGAAUGGGAACAAAACCAGGCUCAUUAAUGAUGAAGUUAUUUCAAACGAUCAUUUUUUGGUGGAGGAUUUCGCAUAAAUUGAAAUGAAAAUAGACAAAUGGCGAAUAAAGGGGACAAGUUAUUUUACAGAAUUAUUUCGGGGGUGAAAGGUUAUUUGCAGAAAUUGGAAUUAAAAAAGGAUAAACGAUGCACAAAGGGAACAGUAUUAUUUUGGAGAGGUUUUGAAAGUGCUUUUGCAGAAAUUG